GGUAAAGCAGAAGCAGUGCUCCUGUCGCUUUGUGUUACUUAGAUAUGAGUGUCGGGUACUGAGACUGCUUGUCAUGGCUAGGUUUGCUCUGACCAUCGUGCGACAUGGGGAAACAAGAUACAAUAAAGAAAAGUUGCUUCAAGGCCAAGGAAUAGACGAGCCUCUCUCUGAGAUAGGCCUUAAACAGGCAGAUGCUGCUGGCAGAUUCCUUAGUAAUGUUAACUUUACUCAUGUCUUCUCAAGUGACCUGACACGUGCAAAACAAACAACAAGUAACAUUUUGAAAAACAACAUCCACUGCAAAGAUAUUACAAUUACCUAUGAUGCACGGCUUCGGGAAAGGAAAUACGGGACUGCUGAGGGCCGACCACUGAGUAAUCUCAAAGCAAUGGCAAAGGAAGCAGGGGAGCAGUGCCCUUCCUACACACCCCCUGGAGGAGAGACAUUGGAUGAGGUUAGAGCUCGUGCCAAAGACUUCUUUGAGUUUCUGUGCCAUAUGGUUAUGGAAGAAUCUGGUUUAAAAGAUGAUUCAGGAAAGACGAAGGUUACUUCUACAGAUAUGGCCCCAUUUUCAAACCAUUGCAUUGAAUCUGAUACCUGUUCUGAUGAUAUCAGAGAUUUGCCUUUGGACGCUAACAUACUGUUGGUAAGCCACGGAGCAUACAUGAGAAACUGGGUGAAAUAUUUUAUAGAUGAUCUCCAGCUCACCUUUCCUCCUGAUCUAAAAAAGUCUCGGGAACUGUCAGUUAGCCCAAACACUGGGAUUAGUCAUUUUAUUGUCAGUUUUGAAUCAGGGGAAACCAGUAAGCCUCAGAUCAGUUGCAUUUGUAUUAAUCGGCAUGAUCAUCUUGCUGAUAUUAGAGCAGGUACCAGCCAAUAAUGUGCACUAUAGAGGAAUAUUGUAUUAUGCACUUUUAUAUUUCAAUUAUUUAAGUGUUCAUCAGAACCAAAUAUCCUCUACACCUAUCCUAUGGAAAUGUUUACAUAUAACAAAAUAAUACUGUCCUCUCAAAGCUGCUUGAAACCUGACAUUUACAGGAGACCUCCAAAGAGAAGGCAACUUACAGUUUAUUUCGAAAUAGGAUGGGUUCAGUCCUAUUCAUUGGAACAGUUAUUGCUAAGGUAAAUCUACUUGCACUGGAACUUUAAAAACCUCCUCAUUUGUAAAUGCAUCUUCUGAAAGAUGAAAGUGUGGGUUUAAAAUAUAUUGAUAUACUCCACAA